CAGUCGAGACACCAACCCGGCGUCAUUUUUAGCUACUUUCCCGACGUGGUAAUGUUUGCCUUGUUCCUGUUGCCGUUUGAGAAGCUCAAGCUUGUGGUUGAAACCAAGUGCUCGUCAGCCAUCCCCGUCCUGCUGUGCUCCAUCAUAUUCGUGAACAGCGGUCUGUGGCUCAUCAGCGGGAUAGUCGACGACGACCUCUUCAUUGUGGUGCUGAAUGCCGUGGGCGUCUUGCUGGCUGCUAUCCAGAUAACGCUAUACUCCAUAUACCGCCCAGGUAGAACGGUGUCAGCGGCAGACACGGGCGAGCUU